AUGCCUCGAGGAGCCAAACUCACUGCCGACGAGAUCGGCCAAGCAAAAGCGCUGCAUGCAGAGCAUAGGAGCUUCCGCUACAUCGCUAGAUCGGAUGCCACAAAACCAACCAGCGCCAUCCAUCUUAAUUUCCCGCGCAUUUUGGAUUUGAGCGUCUUAAUGCGAACCAAAGCCCAGUGCACCAACCAAGAACGGCGAGAGGCUGUGCUGGAAGUCCGAGCUGCGGGUGAAGCCACAGAGGCGUUGGCUGCCAAGUACGGUGUUCACCGUGUGACAUUGUGGCGCUGGGCCAAGGAGGAGGGUCGAAUUAAAGACGCUCAAGGCGUAAACAGAAAGAAAAAGAAGAUAAGCAAGGUCAAGAGGGGUGUGAAAUUACGAUUUCCCGGACUAGAAUCUCGUCUUCUUGAGUGGUUUAUCGAUAUGCGGAAGAACAAGUCAAUGUGUGUAACAAGCCAGUGUCUACUGCUCAUGGCUGUCCGCUUUGAGCCCCGGUAUCUUACUGGAAGAUCGUUAGAUACUGCUGUGGCUGCUAUAAGACGGUUUCGCCUUCGCAAUCGUCUCCCAGUACGAGUUAUUACCCACAGAGGCACCAAAAAGCGCUCGGAAUUGCAGGGUGUGGCGGAUCAUUUUUCAAGAACCAUUCAGUACAAUCUGGAGAUGGCCGGCCUACUUUCAGGCAUCAAGGGGCCAAACAAGUACGAGUCGGUGUUUAACAUGGACCAGACGUCAAUAUACAUUGAUAUGGGGCCGAAGCGGACGAUUGAGUUCGUUGGAGCUAAAAAUGUCGACGCCACCCAAGGUAACUUUAUUGAAUUAGAUACUUUUAACCUUUUUGUUUUACAAUUUCAUUAA